UUAUGUGCUAAACAGAUACUUUUCAGAAUCAAAUGUAUUUUCAUACACUAACAUAAAAACAUCGUUGUUUGCAUAAAAGGGACCAAAAUAAUAAGUACAACACAAAACCGGCAUUGAAAAGCAUAAACAAGUAGAAAGGCAAUGAAAACUGAGUUACAAAGGCUUAUCACAUCUGCUUACAAAGCAAUUUUCAGGGGAAGUUGCUUGUAAUUAGGGAAAGGAAGAAAGCAGUGCAUUGUAGAUUGUCGUGGCAAGAAAAUAGUGAGCAACAAAGUUCUAUGCAGAGACAAUCGUGGUGGUAGAAGAGAAUGAUACCCAAUUAAUUGCCUCUUUUUGUACACUUCAUCCCCAUGACCCGCAGCUCACCUUUAGGGGAAGCAUCUGGUGAGGGCCACAUAUCUGAAGAAAUGAAAUAUCUGAAACUUUUUGUAACUCAUAUAUUAGAGAUGGUGGUGGUAACCUAGUUGUCAUUCCCCUCAGUCAGAGUUGAAUGGGGUUCUCAUCAAUGCUCUCUCCUUACCCUUUUUCUAUUAUGGUGAGAACUCUUGUAGCAUGCUAAAACUCAUUUUCUUUGAGGAGCAUAUUUCCUACUCAUCUUAAGUGGUUGCUUACCUUGGGUGGAAGAGAAUUUGUUAAGUAUUUAAAUGAACUUAGAGAGGCAUUCUCAUGUAUUCACAGGACUUUACCUGAAAGUAUUUUAUGGGUUAAUUACUUUUGUAGAAGACUUCUUCACUUAGGGAUAAGGCAUUGAGUGAGGGGACAGAAGAAGGAAAAUUAAUAUAAGAUGGUAAACAUGAGUCAAUUUUAGUAUAUAACAAAAUAAUGGAUAUUCUCCUUCUAUCUCUUCUUCGAUUUAGCAUGUCUUUCUCUUAUUGGACUUUCAUUCCAAGAUUAAAAUAUGAUGUAUAGAAAUCCUAAGGGAGAAGUCCAUUAACACUCAGAUUUACACAGAUGUAACCAGAUAAUUUUUGAGUGAGUUUAUUUGAGGGGACCUGGGAAAGAGUGAGAUGAUCAGGAGCUUAUCCAAGGGUCCAGUGUUGUGCGGUAUAGGAUGGUGUAGGUGAGUUAGGUAGAGUUUUCUUAUAAUGAUAUUGGCAGACCUCUGCUUGCUGAGAAUUUUCUUGUUCCUUUACAAAUAUGCAUGGCCAAGCAGUCAUGGUUAGCAUUUAUGUUUUUAUAGAACUUCCUGACUUCUUAUAUUGAUGACUCCAAGACUUAGCAGGAACAAAACUGCAUCAGAAUGAAAAUGUCCAAUGAAGAGUCCCUUAAAUACUGUAGUUAUAACCUAUAUUUCCUCUCUAGGGAAGAAGAGAUGCUGGGUUCACGAUGGGAAGAAUGUUUAUAUCGAGGCUGAGGUUAAAGAGAGUGGCGAUGAUGGAAAAGUACUUGUAGAGACUAGAGAUGGAGAGAGUCUGAGAAUUAAGGAGGACAAUAUCCAACAGAUGAACCCUGCAGAGUUUGAAAUGGUUGAAGAUCUGUCAAUGCUGCUUCACCUCAAUGAGGCGUCUGUGCUUCACACCCUGAGGAGACGUUAUGACCACUGGAUGAUCUACACGUAUUCAGGACUCUUCUGCGUGGCUAUAAACCCUUACAAGUGGCUUCCAGUGUAUCAGAAAGAGGUCAUGGCUGCCUAUCACAGGAAGAGGCGAUCCAAGGCUCCCCCUCACAUCUUUGCUGUCGCCAAUAGUGCCCUUCAGGAGAUGCUUCGCAGUGGAGAGAAUCAGUCCAUACUCUUCACAGGAGAAUCUGGUGCUGGAAAGACAGUGAACACCAAACUGACGAUUCAGUAUUUUGCCACCGUGGCAGCUCUAAGUGAGACCAAGAAAAAGCCGGGGAUUUCAGAAGAUCAAAUUGUACAAACGAAUCCUGUCUUAGAAGCAUUUGGAAAUGCCAAAACUCUGAGAAACGACAACUCUUCUCGUUUUGGAAAACUCAUCAGGAUGCAUUUUGGUUCAAGAGGCAUGCUGUCAUCUGCAGAUAUCCAGAUCUAUUUUCUAGAAAAAUCUCGGGUGGUUUAUCAGCAGCCUGGAGAGAGGAACUAUCAUAUCUUUUAUCAGAUUCUGUCUGGAAAACAAGAACUUCAGGACAUGCUCCUGGUGUCCACAAAUCCCUCUGACUUUCACAUUUGCUCCUGUGGAGUGGUUGCUGUGGAGAGCUUCGAUGAUGCUGGAGAAUUUCUGGCCACAGAAAAAGCCAUAGACAUCUUGGGAUUUCUUCCUGAUGAGAAGUUUGGGUGCUAUAAGGUCAUUGGAGCCAUCAUGCACAUGGGGAACCUGAAAUUUAGACAGAAUCCCAGAGAAGAGCAACUGGAGGCGGAUGGCACAGAAAAUGCUGAUAAAGCUGCUUCUCUCAUGGGCAUUAACUCUUCUGAGUUGGUAAAGAGCCUGAUCUAUCCUAGAAUCAAAGUUGGUAAUGAGUAUGUUACCAGAAGUCAAAAUGUACAACAGGUAACCUAUGCUGUUGGUGCACUGUCUAAGUCAAUCUACGAAAGGCUGUUUAAGUGGCUAGUGGCACGCAUGAACCAGGUCCUGGAUGCCAAGCUCUCAAGCCACUUCUUCAUAGCUGUUCUUGACAUCACUGGUUUUGAAAUACUUGAUUACAAUAGUCUUGAGCAACUCUGCAUUAAUUUUACCAAUGAAAAGUUGCAACAGUUUUUCAAUCAGCACAUGUUUAUUCUGGAGCAAGAAGAAUACAAGAAAGAAGGUCUUGACUGGAUAUCCAUUGACUAUGGUCUGGAUUUGCAAGCCUGCAUAGAUCUCGUUGAGAAGCCCAUGGGCAUUCUUUCCAUCCUUGAAGAGGAAUGUAUGUUUUCUAAAGCUACCGACAAGACUUUCGAGACCAAGCUCUUUGAUAACCAUUUUGGGAAGUCACCUUACUUCCAGAAACCUGCAUAUGCUGGGAAGAACUCCGAAGUUCACUUUGAACUUGCUCAUUAUGCUGGAGUGGUCCCUUAUAACAUCAGUGGUUGGCUUGGAAAGAACAAAGACAUUCUUAAUGAAACUGUGGUGGCUCUCCUUCAGAAGUCCUCCAACAGAGUUCUGGCGAGUCUCUUUACCAAGGACUUCCUUUCUGGCAGUGCUAAACAGUUUGGUGAGAAGACACACAGGAAAGGAGCAUCGUUCCAGUUGAUUUCGUCUCUGCAUAAAGAAAACAUAAAUAAAUUGAUGACAGAUUUGCAAUCAACCACACCUCAUUUUGUGAGAUGUAUAAAUCCAAAUAUGAACAAAAUGCCAGGUGUAUUGGACCCUUUCUUGGUUCUCCAGCAGCUGCGAUGUAAUGGUGUCUUGGAGGGGAUUAGAGUAUGCCGUGAAGGCUUUACAAAUCGGAUGCUAUAUGAUGACUUUAAGCAAAGGUACUGCAUUCUAAACCCAAGGACCUUUUCAAAGAGUGACUUUGUGAGCAGCAGAAAAGCGACUGAAGAAGUACUUGGUUUCUUGGAGAUAGACCAUUCCCAGUACCUGUGUGGAGUCACCAAGGUGUUUUUAAAACCUAGCAUUCUGGACCAGUUGGAAGAAAGGAGAGAUGAGAAAAUAUCUAAAGUCUUCACCUUGUUCCAAGCCAGAGCACGGGGAAAGCUGAUGCGUAUCACAUUCCAGAAGAUUCUAGAAGAAAGGGAUGCCCUUGUUUUGAUCCAAGAGAACAUAAGAGCUUUUAUGGCUGUGAAGAGCUGGCCCUGGAUGGGGCUCUUCUUCAAGACCAAGCCUCUUGCUAAGUCUGUGGGUGUUGGAGAGGAGGUAGCGGGACUGAAGGAAGAGUGUGCACAACUUCGGAAGGCUUUGGCGAAUUCAGAAUCCCAGAGGGAGGAACUGAAAACAAAGCAAGGCUCCCUUGUCCAAGAAAAGAAUGAUCUACUUCUAAAGCUGCAGGCUGAACAAGAGACCCUGGAAAAUGCCAAGGAACAGUGUGAGUUGCUGAUUAAAUCCAAGAUGCAGCUGGAGGACAGAGUCAAGGAGCUGUCUGGGAGGAUGGAGGAAGAAGAGGAGAUAAAUUCUGAGCUGACUGCCAGGGGACGGAAAAUGGAAGAUGAAUGUUCUGAGUUGAAGAAGGAAAUCUAUGACCUGGAAACAAUCUUGGCAAAGUCAGAGAAGGAAAAGUGUGCAGCAGAGCACAAGGUCAGGAUCCUGACUGAGGAAGUGCACUCUCUCAAUGAGGAGGUCAACAAACUUACCAGAGCAGUGAAAGCUGCACAGGAGUUCCAGCAGCAGACCCAGGAGCAUCUGCACAUAGAGGAGGAGAAACUCGGUAACCUGAGCAAAGCAAGCCUGAAGCUGGGUCAGCAAGUUGAAGCGUUGGAAGGUGCCCUUGAACGGGAGAGAAAAGCCAGAAUGAAGUGUGAGAGGGAGAAGCUCAAGCUGGAGGGUGAGUUAAAGAAGAACCAGGAGGAUGCCGAGAACCUGGAGAGCAGCAAGUGGCAGCUGGCAGAACAGCUGAGGAAGAAAGAAUUUGAAAUGAGUCAGAUGAAUUCAAAAUUGGAAAGUGAGAAGAACCUGGUAUCUCAGCUUCAGAAGAUGAUGAAAGAGCUUCAGGCUCAGAUACUAAAUUUGAAAGAGGAACUGGAAAAUGAAAGGACCACUAGAGCCAAGGUGGAAAGAGAGAAAGCUGACCUCACCCAAGACUUAGAAGAUUUGAAGGAGAGGCUGGAGGAGGCAGGGGGUACUAGUUUGGCUCAGAUGGAGGUAACCAAGCAACAGGAAGCAAGAUUUCAGAAGCUUCGCCACGACAUGGAGGAGACCACGAGACACUUUGAGGCAACCUCUGUCUCUUUGAAAAAGAGGCAUGCAGAGAACCUGGCUGAGCUUGAAGGUCAGGUAGAACAUUUACAGCAGGUCAGGCAGGUGCUAGAACAAGAAAAGAGUGAGCUGCAGUUACAAGUGGAUGACCUCCUGACCCGUGUCGACCAGAUGGCCAGAGCAAAGGCAAAUGCUGAGAGACUCUGCAGUGUGUCUGAAAGGCGCCUGAAUGAAGCCAACACAAAACUGAAUGAGGUGACUCAGUUAGCAAAUGACCUCACAACACAGAAGACAAAACUCCAGAGUGAGAGCGGUGAGUCCUUAAGAAGACUAGAAGAAAAGGAGGCUCUGAUAAGCCAACUUUCCAGGGAAAAGAGCAACUUUACUCUGCAAAUUGAAGAACUGAGAGGACAGCUAGAGGAAGAGACCAGGUCUCAGAGUGCCCUGGCCCAUGCCCUGCAAUCAGCCAAGAAUGACUAUCACCUUCUACGAGAGCAGUAUGAGGAAGAGCAAGAGGUCAAGACUGAGCUGCAUCGGGCUCUCUCCAAGGUCAACAAGGAAACAGCUCAGUGGAGAGUGAAGUAUGAACACGAUGCCAUCCAGAGAACUGAGGAUGUGGAGGAAGCCAAGAAGAAGCUGGCGAUUCGAUUGCAGGAGGCUGCCGAAGCCAUGGAGGUGGCCAAUGCCAGGAAUGCCUCCCUGGAGAGGGCCAGGCACAGGCUCCAGCUGGAGCUGGGGGAUGCCCUUUCUGACCUGCAGAAGGCCCGCUCCGUGGCUGCUGCCCUGGAGCUGAAGCAGCAGCACUCAGACCAGGCCCUGGCUGCCUGGAAGCAGAAGCAGGAGGAGGCCCAGGAGCUGCUGCAGGCCUCUCAGAAGGAGGCCCGGGCCCUCAGCACUGAGGUCCUCACCCUCAGGCAUGCCUGUGAGGAAAGCACGGAGGCCCAGGAGACACUGAGGAGGCAGAACCAAGACCUUCAGGAACAGAUUUGUAGUCUCACGAGCCAGGUGAAAGAAGGGAUCAAGAAUUUAGCUGACGUGGAAAAGGCCAAGAAAUUGAUUGAACAAGAGAAGACUGAUGCCCAAGUGAUGCUGGAGGAAACAGAGGGAGCCCUGGAGAGGAAUGAAAGCAAGAUUCUUCAUUUCCAGCUUGAACUCUCGGAAGCUAAGGCAGAGCUGGAAAGGAAGCUGUCAGAGAAAGAGGAAGAAACAGAGAAGUUGAGGGAGAAGCAUCAGCAGGCUCUGGGUUCCCUGCAGUCCAGUUUGGAUUCUGAAAUUUCUAGCAGAAUGGAGGCCACCCGGCUGAGGAAGAAGAUGGAAGAGGACCUCAAGGAGAUGGAAAUUCAGCUUUGUGCUGCCAAACGGCAGGUGUCACAGACAACUAGAGCCUUGGGCCAGCUUCAGAGUCAAAUGAAGGAGCUCCAACAGCAGCUGGAUGACAGCACGUACCAGAACAAGGACCUGAAGGAACAGGUGGCUCUGGCUGAGCAUCGCAACAGUCUUCUUCAGUCUGAACUAGAAGAACUGAGGUCUUUGCAAGAGCAGACAGAGCGAGGGCGCAAGCUGGCAGAAAAAGAGCUCCUGGAAGCCACAGAAAGAAUCAAUCUUUUCCACACCCAGAACACAGGUCUCCUCAGCCAGAAGAAGAAACUGGAGGCUGAUGUUGCCCAGAUGCAGAAGGAAGCUGGAGAGCUGUUGCAGAGGUGUCAAAGGGCAGAAGAAGAGGCCAGCAAGACAGCUGCUGAGGCAGCCAACACAUUGGAAGAACUGAAGAAAGAACAAGACACUAGUGCUCACUUGGAGAAGAUGAGGAAGAACAUGGACCAGACAAUUAAAGACUUGCAGAAAAGGCUGGAUGAAGCAGAACAGACAGCUGUGCUGGGGAGCAAAAAGCAAAUCCAGAAACUGGAAUCCAGGGUGCGGGACCUGGAAGGGGAACUGGAAGGCGAACUCAGGCGCAGUGCAGAGGCCCAGAGGGAAGCUCGCAGACUGGAGCGAGGCAUCAAAGAGCUGACCUAUCAGGCAGAAGAAGAUAAGAAGAAUCUGAGCAGGAUGCAGGCUCUGUCGGAUAAACUUCAGCUGAAAGUGCGGAGCUACAAACAGCAAAUGGAAGCAGCGGAGGCUCAAGCUAAUCAAUACCUUUCCAAGUACAGGAAGCAGCAGCAUGAGCUGAAGGAAGUCAAGGAGAGGGCAGAGGUAGCAGAAUCUCAAGUCAAUAAGCUCAAAGCCAAGGUGAAGGAGUUUGAAAAAAAGGUUCGAGAAGAAUAAGAAGUUUCUUUUUAUAAAAAGACAACAGCUGAAAGAAAGCCCUUAAGAAAUAAACAUUUAUGUGGCGUGAAAAGCCAUUUAAAAAGACGAUGAGCAAAAUGUACUGAUCCAAGGAAUUGCUCCUUGAAUUAAUGGAUGGAUUUUUGAUUCUCAAUGUCAAGAGACUUUUCUUCUAAAAUUUUACUCAAGAAUCAAUUUUGAUGUUAGAAAAGAAGGCACAUUUAUUCUUUCUUCUGUAUCUUCAUGCACAGAACUCAUAGAAGAAAUCCUUAGACUAUGAUCCAUGGAAUUAGUACAUGAUGGGAAUGAUUUUUUUGAAUUUAUCUAACUUUGCUUGAGUCAUGCCUGUAUCUUGAUGACAACUGACAACAUUUUCCUUAGUACUGUGAGGCAGGCAUUGUUGUAGUUAGGCCCUUUGUAUCUGUAGGUAAACCUUCCUAAUCAAAACACAAUUAGACUACAUGCCUGUGUAGACUAUAACCACAAAGCUACUGCUUCCUGUCAGUGGGAGGGUUGUACAGGCUCUGGGUUAUGGCCAAGGAGCUAAGCAAGAGGGAGGGGUAUGUUCGAGAAUUUCUUUCCUUGGGUGACUCUAGACUAAAGUUGGGCACUAGCAAAAGUCCAUAGCAGAUUUAGCAGGUAAAAAUGGAGGAGUUUCUAUUUUAUGUGCAUAAGGUCAGCAUACAAUCUCAAGUCCUAUGACAGUUGAAGAAAUAUUUCCGAUGUCCCAAGGCAAGCUAUUAGUAAUCAGCUACCCUGGACCAUUUUUUCCUCUUACUUCCUGUCUCCUUCAACUUUGCAGGCAUCUGGGCGGUUCUAAGGUGACCAGUGCCAGCUUCCCCUGGGGACCACCCAGCUGUGCGAUAGUAGCCAGGGAUGAGGACAGUUUGGAAAUAGUUUGUCCCUUACGGAGUUGCUUUGUUCUCACUCUCCCUCAACCCUGUACAGCUCACUACAGCCAACUUCAAACCCAGCAUUCACAGACACGUGUAAAGCUGACUCCUGACAAUAAAUGCUAUUCUCUGUCA